AUGCCACCACCUCGGCGUAAGAAACGAGCACAAGGGGGCAAGGAAUUAGCCAAAGAACGGAAGGAACGCCAAGAGAAAACAAGAAAGAGACCUCCGAGUCUCUUCCGCAAAGCUAAAAUACUAGCAACUGACACCGACGCCUGGGUUCAUCUUAGUGUGCUUUAUGCUUCUGGACAAUGCGACACAUUUACUUCAUCCGACGACCCGAACUGGCCAAAUCAGGACAUGAGAGCGAACUACCCCUUGGGCAAACACGAAUUUCUCAGGAAGCAAAUCUCUGACACUGGUUUCUGGAAACCAGUAUUAGAAGAUGGAAACGACACGGACGCCGGGGACAGGCUAAUCUCGGCUGUCGCUCCAAGUCGGGCCGACAACCCGCUCCAGAUCGUGAACAAUACACGGCGAGUCGAAACUGAGGAGAUAAAUGCACAGGUGCUCAAACUUGAGGAGGCGAAUGCACGCCUCCUCGAACUUGAGAAGGAAAAUGCACGCCUGCGCGAACUUCAGCAGGCAAAUGAGCCGCACAAAAAUUCACUUGAUGCAUCACGAGAGUCAGAAGAAAUGAUUACGGAAGUAAUUGAAGAAUCGGAGAGCCGGCUACAUUGGAACUCCUGUGCGGGAGUUGGCUCAGAUACGGAGCCGGACACAUCCAGCAAGACCGACAAACCAAACGGCACAAUGAUCGAUACCUUAUUGACGGACCAAAUGCCUGAGGAUAUAGACAAAAGUUAUGUGGCCUGUAACGUGGUGGCAACAAGUGAGAUGGAUGUAGAUAUACAGGAGGUGCAGAAUGAGCUCCAAGUGGAUAUUGCCCACAAAGAGGCGGCCUACGUGCUUUACAAUACGAGCCUGCAACACAGUCCUCAGCCUUCAAACGAUGUACCGAGUUGGACGCCUGUCAAUGGGCUAAUGCAGAGUCAAAAUAGUCGACUAAUAGAUCUCCAAAAGCUCCGCUCUGGCUGGGAUUGGGUUUUCAGAAAAGAUAGCAUCACUAGCAGAGCUUAG